CUGGGAAGGGCAGAAGAGCCUCUGUGGUGUUCGGCGGACGCCAGGCUGAAAAGUGAGCCCGAGCGCUGGACUUUAAAUAGAGACCCAGCUGGAUGUUUUCCUGGCCGAGCUCGUGUUUGAAGGUUGGCUCUAACCAAACAAGGGAUUUGAAGUGCUUUGGCCAGUAUCUUUCAAUACCGAAGUUACAUCUACAAGACAAGUAGGAUGUUGUUGGUGUCGUGAGCAUUCAGAGAAGGAAACUUAGUCUUUGCAGAUUUCUUUUGUAACCUCUCCCUGCCCACACACACCAUGACUAGGGGAAAGUUGCAUAAUGGCAGAACCUACUGUCUCUCCGCUCAAACACUUUGUGCUGGCUAAAAAGACCAUUACUGCUAUCUUUGACCAGCUGCUGGACUAUGUCACUGAAGGAGCAACUUUUGUUGAAGCAACAUACAGGAACCCAGAACUUGAACAUGUAGCAACAGAAGAUGAACUGUCAAAAAUACAGGCAUAUAAAAAUAAGUUAGCAGUCAUUGGUGAGGUGCUUUCACGGAGACACAUGAAAGUGGCAUUUUUUGGCAGAACGAGUAGUGGAAAAAGUUCGGUUAUUAAUGCAAUGCUAUGGGAUAAGGUACUUCCUAGUGGGAUUGGCCAUACAACUAACUGCUUUCUCAGUGUGGAAGGAACGGAUGGAGAUAAGGCUUAUCUUAUGACAGAAGGAUCAGAUGAAAAGAAGAGUGUCAAGACUGUUAACCAGCUUGCCCAUGCACUUCACAUGGAUAAAGAUUUGAAAGCUGGCUGUCUUGUCCAUGUCUUUUGGCCCAAGUCAAAGUGUGCCCUCCUGAGAGAUGACUUGGUUUUAGUGGACAGCCCUGGCACAGAUGUCACUACAGAGUUAGACAGCUGGAUUGACAAAUUCUGCUUAGAUGCUGAUGUGUUUGUCUUGGUUGCCAAUUCAGAAUCAACCCUCAUGAAUACGGAGAAGCAUUUCUUCCAUAAAGUGAACGAACGACUUUCCAAGCCAAACAUUUUCAUCUUGAAUAAUAGAUGGGAUGCUUCUGCAUCAGAACCAGAGUAUAUGGAGGAUGUGCGUAGGCAGCACAUGGAGCGCUGCCUCAAUUUUCUAGUUGAUGAGCUCAAAGUUAUUGAUCCUGUAGAAGCGAGGAAUCGCAUCUUUUUUGUCUCGGCAAAAGAAGUUCUGAGUGCCAGGAGACAGAAAGCCCAAGGAAUGCCAGAGGGUGGAGAAGCACUUGCUGAAGGAUUUCAAACGAGGUUCCAGGAAUUUCAAAACUUUGAACAGAUAUUUGAGGAGUGUAUCUCGCAGUCAGCCAUGAAAACCAAGUUUGAACAGCACACUAUCAGAGCUAAACAGAUAAUAGAUACUGUGAAAAACAUUAUGGACACCAUAAAUGUAGCAGCAGCAGAGAAAAGAGUCCAUUCAAUGGAAGAGCGAGAAGAUCAGAAAGACAGGCUGGACUUUGUUCGCAAUCAGUUAAACAUUUUGACAGAAGAUACUAAGGAAAAAAUCAAACGUGUCACUGAGGAGGUAGAAAAUAAAGUCUCCUCUGCUAUGACUGAUGAGAUUUGCCGGCUUUCGGUUUUGGUUGAUGAAUUUUAUUCAGAUUUUCAUCCUUCUCCACAAGUGUUGAAGCUCUACAAGACAGAACUCAACAAACAUAUAGAAGAUGGUUUGGGAAAAAACUUGGCUGAUCGUUGCUCCAGUGAAGUCAAUCAGUCAAUGCAUCAGUCGCAGCAGGAGAUAAUUGAAAAUCUGAAACCAUUGUUGCCUUCUGGUGCUCAGAAUCAGCUCCACUUGCUAAUUCCAUGCAAGAGGUUUGACCUUAGCUAUGAUCUAAAUUGUCAUAGUUUGUGUGCGGAUUUUCAAGAGGAUAUUAUGUUCCACUUUUCCUUGGGAUGGACUUCGCUUGUAAACCGUUUUUUGGGUCCUAAGCAUGCGCAGAGAGUGCUGUUAGGACUAGCAGAUCCAAACUUGCAAAUCCCUCGUCCCUUACCUGCAACCCCGUCUGCUGCCAGCCUUCCUGCCGUAACUCCAGAGAACGUAUCAGACGACGAAUUUAUGGUUUCUUUGAUAACAAGUUUAGCUUCACUCACAUCACGGACCUCUAUGAGCAUCAUCGUUGUUGGUGGAGUGGCAAGUAGUAUUUGGAGAACUGUAGGCUGGAAACUCAUCUCUCUUUCCUUAAGUGUAUAUGGGUUAUUGUAUCUGUAUGAGCGACUAACUUGGACCACUAAAGCAAAAGAGAGAGCCUUUAAACAGCAGUUCGUAAACUAUGCUACUGAAAAGCUGCAGAUGAUCGUCAGUUUUACAAGUGCAAAUUGUAGCCAUCAGGUACAACAGGAAAUGGCCACUACCUUUGCUCGGCUCUGCCAACAGGUGGAUGUUACCCAGAAAAACCUGGAAGAAGAAAUUGCUAGGCUUUCCAAAGAAAUAGAUCAGCUGGAGAACAUACAGAGCAACUCCAAGCAACUACGAAAUAAAGCCAUUCAGCUUGAGAAUGAACUAGAUCACUUUACGAAACACUUUCUUCAAAAGAGUAAAUAAAACUUCACUGCUAACUUUCCUGAUGAUCCUUUGUAGGACAAAGUAGAAAUUUUACACGAUACUUCUCCUCCAUGUGGAGUCACAUGAAAUGAAUUAUAUUUUUAAUGUUACUUUGAUUACACUUAUUACUGUAAAAUUUGGGUUGGACUCUGACAGCAAACCAAAUUGAAGAGCUGUGGAACCCAGAAUGCUGUAUUCAUUUUGUUAGAUUGAAAUUUUUUGUUUAAGAAGUAUAUUUAAACACUAAAUUUCUUUGGAUGCUUAACAAUAAAAACCCAAAUCUAUAUUGGUUUGUAUUACUAUUUAGCAGUGGCAAGCCUCGCUUCCUGGCAUCCAGGAGUUUAUGCAGGGAGGGAGAGCUUAUCACAGUGACUCCAGUUUUCCAUUGACAAGGAAGAGCUAGUGGUAAAGAAAGCUGCUUUUUUCUUUUUUUCUUUUUUUUUUUUUCUUCCAAAUGAAGGGAAAAAUUAUUUCCUGCAGGUGGAAAGGUGGAAAGGACUCUUGAUUGUUUUGAAGGCAAGUGAAAUUCUGUUGGGCAGCAGUUCUUGUCCUUGUAUGGAAAUAAAAGGUGUAGUAAAUGAGAGCAUGCAUUGAUGAACUGCAGUAGGUGCUACGCUGCUCGGCUACUCUGUUUAGACAGGUGCCAUCGCUUAAGUCAAAACGAACCUAAUGCUUAAGUACUGCAACGGGCUGUGGGAAAGCCAAAAAGCUUGUUCUGUGGUGAACUGGUCAUUCAGCCCUGAGGUCACCGCUGCCACCUAUGCGCAGGUGAGUUCCAGUGAGCGUGGUUACCAGGCUAGCAUGAAGGCAAAGAAUUUUUUUGAACAGAUGUUCUUGGCACUCGGUUUUUGUGUGUUAGGAAAGGAAGCUUAAGGUGUCAAAUGAGCUUGAGCUGCUGCUUUCAAAAAGCCAGUAGAGGCUGUGUUUCAGAGAUAAAAAUCUCAUGCAAUGUUCUGCACACGUCCAUGGUUCACAGGUGGGAUUUAAGACAGGUACAUCUGACUAUUUUACCUUUACUCAGCUCCAGCAGGUCAAAACCUUUUUUUAAUUUAAAAUGAAAAAGUUUUUUUUUUUUUUUUUUUUUUUUUUUUUUUGCUGCUGCCAUCUGCACUCUCUAACACCUAGAUUUUAUAAACAGUCUUUUUAAAAAUAACUUAUUUUGAAGGAGAAAGCCUUUUCAGAAUAUUUAUAUAUGUAUUUUUAUGGACAUGUUUAACAUGACUAAACAAAGUAUUUGAACUUAAACCUGAAAGGUAGGGAGUUGCUAUUUUCCAGUAAAUAAGGGCUAUCAUAAAAGGAAAUAGGUUUAAAAAAAAAAAAAAAAAAAAAAAACCCUAAUGCUCAAGGUAAUUAACUCUUUGAAGGCAGACAACAUUGUUUUGACUGUAAGGUAUCUCAAUGUUUGUUUUUGUUUGACGAUGCUGGCAGAAGCAUGACUCUUUCAAAACUUUCAUUAGCAGCACGCAUGAGGUGUCUCAGAUGUUUUGAGAAAAAUUAUGAAUGAUGAAAAUGAGUAACUACCUGGCUUUUUUGUAUGUGAAGUUACAGAUGUGUACUGAUGCUCAUUUCUGAAGCACUUUUAUGGACAUUGUAUCAAGCUGAGCCUUUACAUGCAUGUAUACACAUUUAUUAAAAAGAGUAUCAUCCCUGU